UUCACAAACCGCCGCCUUUAUAGUGUGUAGUGUAUACGCUUUUUCUCUGUUCCUUCUCAAGUCGUCCGCUCCGCGUCUCCUCGCCGGUGGUGAAUAUCAAAGCUGCACACUUCAUAAUUGUUUUAUUUUUUGUACGUUUUCAACGCACCAAAGCCGCCCCCGCUGCCAUAUCCAGAAUAUUGACUAUAUCGAUCUCAUAAAAAAAUAAACAUAAUGUCUGACGAUGGAGUUGUUGCAGAAAAGAGGAAUCGUGGAAGAGCCCCAAAACUGAAUGACGUAAAUGACAAAGACUCUAAAGACUCUAAAGAAACAAAAAAACGUGGCAGACCAGCAAGCAAACUACCAGCUAAAGCUGAAAAGAAGAUUGAAAAAGAAGGUGAAAAUGGUGAACCAGCUGCCAAAAGAGGUAGAGGAAGGCCAAAGAAGAGUCAAAAGAAGGCCAAAGCUCCGUCGUCAGGAAGAGGACGAGGCAGACCACCAGCAAAAAAGGUAGAGAAAGAGGAAUCUGCAGAAGAAAAUGACGAGGAAGAGGAAGAAGAAGUUGAGGAUGAAGAUUAAAUACAAAUUAAUUGUAUCUCAUACUAUAUACUUCGCCAUUAAUUUUACAUUUAUUUAAUAAGGAUCAAGAAUAAUUUUAAUUUUUAAUUUAUUGAUUUCGGAACAAUUUAUAUAGGCUUAGAAUAGGUUUAUAAUUAUUUUGUUCUAUUUCGUGAUAUGAAAAGAAUUAACAAUUUGUAAACAUUGUUUUUUCAAAAUGAAACAUUUUAAGAAAAAAAAAACAUAAAAAUCGUAAAGCAUUUAUAUUGUAUCAACCAUACAGUUGUUAAACCAAUUUUUCAUUUGUCAUGUAUAUGAUUUAUUUUAUUUCGAUGUUAUGUAUAAAUAGUAACCUACCCUAUGAUUAUUGAAAGUAAUAGUGAUUACUUUUUAUACAUAUAAAUAUAUAAUUUUCCGAUUGUCUAAUCUCUGCCAUUAUAUUUAUACUACAAAAACAAACUUAAACAGUCUUAAUAUUUUUCGGUACAUACAUUCGGAGUUACUCUUUCAUUGCAUUAACAAAUGACGUAUGUAUUAUAGACAUAUGUUAUCAAAAAACAAAAAUAUGAAUCAUACGUCUAAUAGAUAUAUUGUAUUGAUUUGUACUUACCUACUUGCAUAUAAUAUUUGAAAAUGACUAUUGUACCUGAAAAUAUUGUGCAAAUAAUAAAAUAAUUUCGGAAUUAUAAUUGAUUAAAUUAAUUAAAAUUGAUGUGAAUUAGUAAUAAUAAAUGAAAAAUACCUAA